AUGUCUGAUUCCGAAGAUGAUACGCCUCUCGUCGCCAAGUCCAAGCCCACAAUAUCAAAGGCGGACGAAGCGAUGGACACUUCAACGGACAACGUCGCUCCGGGCAUCAGCUUGGCUAACGGACCAGUCGAAGCGAUGGAUAUCGAUAUCAAGCCGACUACGAAUGGCGUCACGAAUGGCGCGACCAAUGGUGCAUCAAGCGGCACAAAGCGAAAGGCAUCUCUUGCGAACGGCAACUACAAAGAUGCCUCAUCAUCAGAAGACGAAGACGAUGUGCCUCUGAAGAAGCGAAAGACCAAAGCCACUUCUGAUGAGUCUGAUGAGGAUGACGUUCCCCUCGUCAAGAAGGUGCACAAGCCGAUCACUCUGAAGGCUGCUCAGAUUGGAGAAGAGUCUGGCGAUGAGCCGAUUGCAAAGAAGCUUCAGAAGGAGAAGCAGGCAAUCGAGAAGAAGGCCGAGAAGGAAGCGAAAGCAAUCCGCAGCAAGGAGGCCAAUGGUACCAAGAAGAAGGCUGUCAAGAAGCAGGCGAGCGACAGCGACGACGACGUGCCACUCAAGAAAAAGGCUCCUGCUAAGAAGGCAAAUGGCAAGGUCAAGAAGGAGGAGUCUUCUGAUGACGACAAGCCUCUCAAGAAGAAAGCUCCGGCGAAGAAGACAGCUGUCAAGAAAGAGGCUGCGACUCCUGUCAAGAAAGGCAAGGGCAAGUACAGAUGGUGGGAGGAUCCGCAGAAAGGCGACGGAACCACCAAAUGGACCACUCUUGAACACAACGGCGUCGUCUUCCCUCCAGAAUACGAGCCUCUACCGAAAAACGUCAAGAUGAACUACGAUGGUGUUCCGGUGUCGAUGCAUAUCGAAGCAGAGGAGAUUGCCUAUGCGUUUGGUGCCAUGCUGAAUUCGACGCACAACGUGGAGAACCCAACCUUCCAGAAGAACUUCUUCGCCGACUUUAAGGAGGUCCUCGAUCGAACUGGUCACGCAACUGACAGCAAGGGCGAGAAGGUGAAGAUCACCAAGUUCGAAAAGUGCGAUUUCAAGCCCAUCUUCAACCACGUCGAUGCAGAGCGCGCAGCAAAGAAAGCUCUGUCCGGGGCUGAGAAGAAGAAGCUGAAGGCGGAGAAGGACGAGGCUGAGGCUCCGUACAUGUACUGUAUGUGGGAUGGCCGGAAGCAAAAGGUUGGCAACUUCCGAGUUGAACCUCCAGGUCUGUUCCGUGGUCGCGGUGAGCACCCAAAGACCGGCAAGUGGAAGAAGCGUGUGCAGCCAGAGCAGAUCACCAUCAACAUUGGCAAAGAGGCAAUGGUGCCGAAGCCGCCGGAGGGUCACCAAUGGAAAGAAGUCAAGCACGAUCAAGAGGGUACUUGGCUUGCAAUGUGGCAGGAGAACAUCAAUGGCGCCUACAAGUACGUCAUGCUGGCUGCCAACUCCGACAUCAAGGGCCAGAGUGAUUACAAGAAGUUCGAAAAGGCACGCGAGCUGAAGAAGCACAUCGACCGCAUUCGAAAGGACUACGAGAAGGAGCUCAAGUCUGAAAUCAUGGCCGAGAGGCAGCGAGCUACCGCCAUGUACCUGAUCGAUCGAUUCGCUCUUCGUGCUGGUAACGAGAAGGGUGAGGAUGAAGCCGACACAGUGGGCUGCUGUUCGCUCAAAUUCGAGAACGUCACUCUUAGCCCGCCGAACAAGGUCAUCUUCGACUUCCUGGGUAAGGAUUCGAUCCGCUUCUACGACGAGGUGGAGGUCGAUCAUCAAGUCUUCAAGAACUUGAAGAUCUUCAAGCGACCACCGAAGAAAGAUGGCGACGAGAUCUUUGACCGACUCACCACUUCCGGCCUCAACAAGCACUUGUCAAACUACAUGCAAGGACUUACAGCCAAGGUCUUCCGUACCUACAACGCCUCGUACACCAUGUCUCAACUCCUGCAGGAGAUGAAGGCUGAGGGCACCAUUGCUGAAAAGGUGCUCGCCUACAACAACGCGAACCGCCGAGUUGCCAUCCUCUGUAAUCACAAGCGUACCGUGGCUGCCAGUCAUGCGCAGCAGAUGGAGAAGAUGGAAGAGAAGAUUAAGGGACUUCGAUACCAGCAGUAUCGCGUCAAGCAGAUGAUCCUCGCCACCGAGCCGAAGUUGAAGAAGAAGAAGGGUGAAGAUUAUUUCGCCCUCCCCGAAGGCCUGGACCGCGAAUGGCAGGAGAAGCACCACGAAGUUCUCGUCGAAGAAGCCCGCACCAAGGUCCAGAAAAAAUUCGACAAGGAGAACGAGAAGCUCGAGGCGGAAGGCGAGAAGCCAAUGAAAGCCAAAGAGCUUGAACAGCGCAUGGAGCCUGUCAAGGAACUUGAAGCUAAGCUUAAGAAGGAGCUCAAGACCGGCAAGGUCGUCCCGGAAGGCAAGAGCGCGACAGUUGAGAAGUACGAGAAAGACAUCGAGAAGCUCGACGCCCGUAUUGCCACGAUGGAGAUGCAAGCCGAGGACCGCGACAACAACAAGGAGGUCGCGCUCGGCACUUCCAAGAUUAACUACAUCGACCCACGUCUCACCGUCGUCUUCAGCAAGAAGUUCGAUGUGCCAAUCGAGCGCUUCUUCUCCAAGACCCUCCGCGAGAAGUUCGACUGGGCCAUCAAGUCAGUCGAUGAGGACUGGGAGUUCUAAAGCAUAUGCGGAGUGAGAGGCAGCGAGGAGAGGAUAUCUGACACUUAGCGAUGGAGAGGUGAUGAUUUGACAUUUUUGGCCACUGCUAUACCACCACGGCUUGCAAGGAGUUGAGGCAUCAGGAAACAACGGCUCGGCGAAGCAUGGUCCUGGCUGCUGUUGUGAUACCACUAUUCCUACCUCAUGCCAUCAAUAUGUAUCUUAGCGGUGAGAAGAUGAAACAUGGAAACUUACUACUAUC